AAAAACUAGAAACUAGAAAGAACACGAUCAAUCGGCGUUCAAAAAGUUUCUCUGACUCUUGGCAGCGCGAAGCUUGGAGGAGCACCGUUUGUCAUGGCGGUUCCACCAUCGGAAACUGAAUCCGUUGAGAAAAGAACAUUCCUUUCACAAUUUUACUCUCACUAUCUCGGAAACCGAAUCCACGCUCUCUAUCCCUACUUCUCCACAAAUUUCUUGUCCACCUUCGUUCUCCGCUUCAGAUCAACGCAGCGUCGGGAAUGUCUCCCUCUUCCGCUACCUUCCUCUUCACUCGACGCUCCCUUGUUCAUGACCAAGAGAUCUAGAGUGCAUGAUGUUUUGGAGGAUAUAUUAGAGCGUGUUUUGAUAAAUUUGCAUAGCGUCCAAAAGAAUCUGCAGUUUUGGCAGUCCAGAGCUAAGAGGUCAGAUUCCGAGAAGGCACGUUUCAUGAUAUUUGAGAGGGGUCCAAGGGCUUUUAUUGAUGAAACAGUUAAAUUGUUGCGUGGACUCACUGCUCAGGGUUCAUCCACACAGAAUCUGAGCCAAUCUGCAUCUGAUUAUAUCGACGAGAGAGUAGGCUUUUUGAGUAGCUUAAGAUAUUCGCUCGCCACAUUUUUGGCUCAGGUUUAUAUGGAAGUUGAUAAAAUUGGAGAGGAUUUAGUGGAAGAUCCAGAGACUAAGCUGCCCUCGUUGUUGGUUACAAUUAGUGUUUUGUUUUCAACAUUAGAAGCUUCAAUUGGACAUCUACAUGCAAUGCGUCAGAGUGAUUCUUCUGUUGAUGGGAGCUAUUCAACCCCUCUGCUGUUUGAGAAGGUGCCAGAAAUAAAUCAGGAGGGAUCUCAGUGGACAGACUGUGAAAUAAGAGAUGCUAUCAAUUCAGUUUAUCAAAAUUUAAACAAGUUGGAUUCAUAUAUAUCUUUUCUUGUCAUCAAACAUAGAAAGCCAAGGAAAAUAACUCAAUAUUGGAUCCGCUAUACAUGUGGUGCAGUUGGUUUGUCAGUAUGCUCCAUUUGGCUCUUGCGGCAUAGUAGAUUGGUGGGGAGUUCUGAUCUUGAUAAUUGGGUUCAGGAAGCUAGGAACUCAACAUAUAGCUUUUUUAGGAAUCACGUAGAGGAACCGAUUUUUUCCAUUAGGGAUGAACUUUUUGACACAUUUAAGAAGAGACAUCAAGGUAUUAUGGACGUUGAAGAGGUGCAGUUAACUUCCAACUCACUACACAGAAUGUUGUUGGCUUUCAGUGAGCAGACAAAGGGUCAGAAGUUCCCAGUGAAUGCUUCGGAUCAGGAAAUGAUGGAGAUAGUCAUGGAUAGGUAUGAGAAGGAACUCAUGCAUCCUAUCCAAAACCUUCUCAAUGGAGAGCUGGUUCGGGCUAUACUUAUUCAGGUUCAGAAGCUCAAGCUGGACACUGAGACGGCAAUGCUAGAGCUGAACCAGAUUCUACGGGCAAAUGAAAUCAACUUUGCAGUUCUGACUGCUUUACCUGCAUUUUUUCUCUCUCUUUUACUCAUGAUGUUAGUACGUGGAUGGUUCAAACAGGAUACCAAAGCUGAGGGAAGAGGUAGAGUUGCUCGGAUUCAGAGGAGGCUACUUGUUAUAGAGGUUAAGAAAAGGAUUAUGCAGUACCAAAAUUAUGUUGAUCAAGGGUUGGAGAGAGAUGCAGAAUAUAUGUUUGGACUGGCACUCUAUAGCCUGGAUCGCCUGUAUCACUCUGUCAAGUGGCAUGCAGAAGCUACCGGAGAGUGGGAACGCUUGCGCGAGGAUAUAAUAGAUUUGGCUAAGCCUAGACUACAAACUUCACACAAGGAGUCUGUGAUAUCACACAUGGUUACAUUUGACUGCUUGCUUCCAAGUCGGAACCGCCUGUAGCAUAUUUUAGCUUACUAUUCUUCUCAUAAUUUUUUUAAUGAUGUUUUUCUUGCUACUUUGAAAUCCAAUUUUGUCGUGAAUGUAUGCAUUUAUUCUUCAUACAAGGUUACAUUUUAUCACCAAAGUAUGAUGAUAAUUUUUUUUGACAAUUUUGUCAAUUGAAUACAAAUGAUUAUGAAGGGAUGAUAUAUCUUCAUUUGCUCGUGAAA